ACUAGUAUUGCACAAUACAUACCUCCGAUACGGUUCGUAAGAACCUCUUCUUUGCCUACGUACCAAAAAUGAAAAAAAAUCUCAUUCAAAACAGUUGCUUCUAGUUUUGGUCUCUACGAAACCAUAAACCCACCAUGGCAAAACAGAACAUGACCACAAUCCCUUGCAGGAUCCGUCCGAGGAGAGGGAUAGCAUCGAAAUUAUUGCUUUUGGUGCCCAUGGCAACAAUAGCUGCCGUGAUGGCAGCGGCCAAAAAGGCUCCUCGAACGCCGGGCUUCGUUCGCGUUUGCUCCGGUCAAGAAGCCACCGCUCGUGUGGGUGGGAGGAGAGUCUUUUCCUUUGUUGGCCCUCCGAACGACGACAGAACCCCGCUGCGGAACUCGCGCAAAAGAUGGACGAAAACAACGCCUUUUGUUUUUCGGAACGAGGGAGUGUCCCCGACUGCCGGGGCCUCCGGAAAUACCAAUCGCAAUGGCAUCGGUGCAUCGUCGUCUUUUCGGUUGUUCUCGUCGUCGGAGGCAGGGCCAACUCCCGCCUCCCAGCGCAGCCUUGCCAGGGAACCGCUGGGCGGUGACAAKGACGACGUGUUUCGGUCUCCGUACCGCGUCUACGAAUGGGAGCAGACCAUCAAGAAAUCUCGCUUCAUCGGCAUUGCUCGGUACGCGGAAGACUGGAAGGACGCCUCGGACUUUGUCGCGGACGUGAGGACCCGGAUCCAUCCCAAGGCCCGGCACUGGUGCUUUGCCUAUCGGGGAAGCGUAGUGGGAGCGAGCGGGAGCAGCGGCGAGCACGGGAGCAGCGACGACAACACGGCUUCCCUCGGCGCAGCGAGUGGCUCGGCGUCGACACCGACCAUCACCGAGCGCGCCAGCGACGACGGAGAGCCCUCUGGAACGGCCGGCACGCCCAUUCUGAACGCCCUCCGAACGGAGACCGACGCCGGGGGCGGCCUCGUCGACCUCGUCGUCGUGGUGGUGAGGUACUCGGGGGGGAUCAAGCUUGGCGCCGGGGGCCUGAUCCGGGCCUACGGGGGAACCGCAAGGGAGGUCCUCCGGGAGGCCGAGCAGGUCGAGGUGAUCCCGAGGACCAUGGUGUCGGUCGGUUCCGUGCAGCCCAGGUACGUGGGGGCGGUCUACGAGCUCGCGGCGCGACACGGGGGAACCGUGGUGGAAGCGACGGAAGACGGCACCGGUUUUUCCAUCGCGUGCGAUCUCGAUGCUUCCCCGAAAAUCACGGAGGGACUCCUGGAUGCCACCCGCGGGAGCGUGGUGAUUCGGUAGCAGUGCGGUGCGGUGCAGAGCCGUGCAGCGGGCGAGGCCGAGUCGGUUCGGGCGUGGGCAGCAACGAAACCAUCCGACUGCCUUCGCAUUGCACCCCAUGGGCGACACGAAGAAGGAAGGAGACAAUCAAUGAAGGAAUCAUCACGCACACAAUUUGCGUCAGUGUACUGCGAUUGAGAUCACUUGCCAAUGCGAUGAAACAUGCGGAAUAAAAAUCCAAUGUUUGGUCAUGCACGUUUUGUUUCGGGGCAAGAAACACAUCCAAAUCGGUGCGGCACACAAAUAGAAGACGAGCUAACUACUUCUGCGUUGCAAGGCACACCAUACUAUCCAAUCGUUUGUAGACCAUCGCGGCAAAAGGCAGACCCCAUAUACUUUAACAACG